CUCGAAGUUUAAGUUGUCGGUCCAGCCAAACUCAAACCGCACCCCAACGAACAAACCCUCCCUCCACCACCCACCACCUACACAAAACCACCGACAAGAUGGGAAAAGAGCGCGUCGAGAAGAAGGAGAAGAAGGAGAAGAAGGAAAAGCGCAGCGACAAGGACGGCGUCAAGAAGUCCAAGAAGGGCAAGAAGUCCACCCUCAAUGGUGAUGCUGUCGCGAAGGCUAUCGAGGAGCAAUUAAUGGAGACUGCCGCCCCAGCUGCGGAAGAGGGCCUCGAGACCAUCGAGGAGGAUACCGAGCUCGCCGUCAAGCCUGUCGGUGCCUUGGUACCUUUCGCCGCCCCUCUGGCGGAUGACAAGGUCGCAAAGAAGGUGCUCAAGAGCGUCAAGAAGGCCGCAAAGAACAAGACCCUCAAGAGAGGCGUCAAGGAGGUUGUCAAGUCCCUGCGCAAGUCCCCCGCCGGCGCCGCCAACGUCACCGGCUGCGGCGUCGUCAUCCUCGCGGCUGACAUCUCGCCCAUGGAUGUCAUCUCCCACAUCCCCGUUCUGUGCGAGGACCACAACGUGCCCUACAUCUUCGUGAACUCGCGCGCGGAGCUCGGCGCCGCCGGCAACACCAAGAGGCCGACAUCCGUCGUCAUGGUGUCGGAGAAGCGGACGGGCGCCAAGAAGGAGGAGAAGAUUGAUGGCGAGGACGAGUUCGCUGAGGUGUAUAAGGAUCUGGUCAAGCUGGUGGAGAAGGAGUCGAGGAAUGUGCGCGUCUAGGUGAGGGUGUUGUGUGGGGUUUCGGUACGAUUUUUUUCGCGGCUGGAAGGGAGAGUUUUGCGUGGGUGCUUGUAUCAUAUGCAGAGUUGCAUAGCCAGAUACAUGGAUAUCAAUACGGCGUUGGGAGGACGGGUUCUGCCAGGAAAUAAAAAAUGGCUAUAAAAGAUAUUCCACAUCAUUGUUACCAAGCUGCAUUGCUGGGGAGUUUCUGAUACUCUAUUCUGUUCCAAGACCAAAAAAUCGCAUUUGCAAACAAUAUUUUUUUUUUUCCAUCUUUUUUCCAUCUUACAUCAAAUAACUAUCUCCCCAGGC